CAGUUAGGAAUCUCGCCAUUUACUGUCUUUAUGAAAACGGUAUCCAUAAACAAGUUAUCUAAACUCUGUGCAUUGGUAGCAUUAGGACUACCUUCCAUUGCCACUUCUACCGAUGUAGCCCAGGAGCAGCCCAAGAAGGAAUCGUUCUUAGGCAGAUUCUUCGGUAAGAAACCAGAAGCUGCCACUAAGCGUGUGGAAGUGCAAGAAAAAGAGAAUAGUGACAGUGAAGAAGAUAUUGAAACUGGAGAGCCAUCAAACUACUCUGUUGAAUGGUAUCUGUUACCAAAGCCCUUAAACAGAGCUAUACUACGUUAUCUGUUGCCAAGCAGCUUGGCCAAAAAAGUUCCAGAGGACUGUAAUGAACCAAUAGAUUCUUUGGUGGAGAAUGAGAUUAGGAAGCAUUUCAUCUGGUAUGGCUUUGACUGGUAUCUGUUAACCUUGCCGCAAAAUAGGUCUGCCUUACGUAAAAAGUUACCGCGCGACGGUGCCAAAAUGUUGCCAGAAAGCUGAAACAUACCAGUAAUUCAUCAGUAGAAGAUAAUAUCAUUGCCUUUUUAAA